AACAAAAAGAAUUAUCUACGAUUUUAGCAACUCAGACCAUAAACAUUCCAGUUGGACUUCAACCUCUCACCUUUCGGCGAAAAAACAAAAUAAAAACUCCUUGAAAAAAUUUGCGGACACACAGUAACACACACACCAACGAAGAUCCGUUGUGUAUGACUUCUGCAGACUGAUUGAAGAUUUUGUAUUGACCGACUGUUGAACUGUUAUGGAGGAGAGUUUGGUGAAGAGGCUCGAAGCCGCGGUGGCGCGGCUGGAGACGCUCUCGGUCGGAGGAUUCCGGCAGGGGGUUGCGGCUGAGGACGGCGGAGGUGCGGCGGCGGCGGAAGAUCCGUCGAUUGUGGCGUUUGAUGAUCUGAUUUCGCAGUGUGUUGGCAGAGUUACGAGCGCUGCGGAGAAGAUUGGAGGACAGGUUCAGGAUGUGUCUAAGGCAAUCGCGGAAGCUUUUAGUGUGGAGAGGGAGCUCCUUGUUAAAAUCAAGCAAACUCAGAAACCUGAUAUGGCAGGCCUGAUUGAAUUCCUCAAGCCAUUGAACGAGGUCAUCAGCAAAGCUUCUGCAUUGACAGAGGGAAGGCGAUCUGACUUUGCCCACCACUUGAAGACUGGUGCUGAUAGUCUGGCUGCUUUAGGAUGGAUUGCAUAUACAGGAAAAGAUUGUGGUAUGAGCAUGCCUAUAGCACAUGUAGAAGAAAGCUGGCAAAUGGCUGAGUUUUAUUGUAAUAAGGUCCUUGUGGAAUAUAGAAACAAAGAUGCAAACCAUGUCGAGUGGGCUAAGGCUUUAAAAGAACUUUAUUUGCCUGGGUUAAGGGAUUAUGUGAAGGCUCAUUACCCACUUGGCCCUGUAUGGAAUGCCACAGGAAAGAUUGCAGCCGCUGCCCCAGCUAAAGCUCCAAUCCGUGGUGCUCCUGCUCCUCCACCGCCUCCACCUGCUUCACUUUUUAGUUCUGAAACAGCUCAACCUUCUUCAUCAGGCCCCAAGGAAGGCAUGUCUGCCGUCUUUGCAGAACUGAAUUCUGGAAAGCCAGUUACUUCAGGUUUGAAGAAGGUCACUGCUGAUAUGAAAACCAAGAAUCGUGUGGACAGAAGUGGCAUUGUUACUGCUCCCGAGAAGGGAGGUCGUGCUGGUUCAUCUUCUUUCUCAAAGUCAGGACCUCCAAAAUUAGAGCUUCAAAUGGGUCGUAAAUGGGUUGUUGAGAAUCAAAUUGGGAGAAAUAAUCUAGUAAUUGAUGAUUGUGACGCAAAACAGUCGGUCUAUGUGUUUGGCUGUAAAAAUUCGGUUCUGCAGGUUCAAGGGAAAGUAAACAACAUUACAAUUGAUAACUGCACUAAGAUGGGGGUGGUCUUCAAGGAUGUUGUGGCAGCUUGUGAGAUUGUCAAUUGCAGUGGCGUGGAGGUGCAAUGUCAGGGUUCGGCUCCAACAAUUUCAGUAGACAAUACUGCGGGUUGCCAGUUGUACUUGAGCAAAGACGCAUUGGGUGCUUCUAUUACGACAGCAAAGUCGAGUGAAAUCAAUGUAUUGGUACCUGGUUCUGAACCAGAUGGCGAUUGGGGUGAGCAUGCUUUGCCACAACAGUAUAUCCAUGUUUACAAAGAUGGCCAAUUCGUGACAACUCCAGUCUCCCACUCCGGUGGCUGAAAAGACCGUCGAAGCAUCGAUGAACCCGCUUCCCCCUCACGACCCUGUCUUUUUAAAAGGUUGGGGAAUUUUCAAGUCUUCUUCUUCGGUUGAUUGCCCUGCCAUACCCAUUCAAUAUUUGUUUUACUUAUGAUUGUUGUGUUGUGCUAUGCUCGUAGUUUGUUUCUCGAAGAAGCUGUCUGUUUUUUUUUUUUUUUUUGGCAGAAAACUCAACUUUUUCGUGUUUGAUUGUUAGUGAAAAUUUGUUUUCCAGACAUGUUUUACCGUUAUGCUCUCCUAAUUAAUAGAUUUUCUUUUUCGAAUUUUGAAUCA